AGUUGCUAUGGUAAUCAACAAAUAUUUUUAUAUUGUGCUGGAAACUGAUUGUGAUAUUUAUUGUAAAUUAUAUUUAAUUUAAUAUAAAUUAUCUAUGAUAAAAUGUAUCAAAGAAAAACAACAUUAGUAAAAUCUCUAACUUCUUUGAGACCAAAAAAAACAAAAACAGAAAAGACUGGUAGAUUACGAGGAAGAUAUUUAUUUCGAGCUAUUAUAAGAUUUAUUAUAAAUAACAUUGACUGGAUUAAAGAACAGCCAUUUUUUGCACCAGAUGAAGAUAUUGUUGAAGAUUCACUGACAAAAAUUAAAAAUAUGAAUAAAAGAACAUCAGCUGAUGGACAAAUUAUCACAAGUAAAAAUCGUUCAUUUCUUUUGAGCAAACCACAUUUAAGAGACAAAUCAGAUAAAAUUAGCUUUUUAAGUUUUAUUAAAAGCAUGAAUGCCUUUGAUAAAUAUCCAGAUGAUAAUAAACAAUCAAUAGCAGCUGUUUGUUGCUAUCAGUUUUUGCAAAAAGAUAGAGUUAUUGUUCGUCAGGGUGAUCCAGCAAGAUUUUUAUAUUUUAUUUUAAAAGGUCAAGUUACAUUAUCCAAGUUUGAAAAGAACAACGUGACUGAUGAAGAGAAAGUUAUGACAAUGGGUAUGAUGGGACCUGGUGAUAGUUUUGGUGAAGUUGCACUUUUACAUUGUCUUCCACGAGCAAUGACUGUCACAACUAAAACACCAGUGGAGUUAUUAUUCAUAACAAAACAUGAUUUUGAUCAAUUACUCAGAGAAAAUUUAUUGAAAAAUUGGAAUGUUUUACAAGAGGCACUUGUUACAUUUAAUUAUUUCAAUGAAUGGGAUGAAGCAACAAUUCGUGAAUGUUGUAUUCUCAGUAAAAUUAAAAAUUUUACACCAAAUGAGGUUAUUCUUGGUGAUGGAAGGGGAUUAACAAAUCAUGUUUAUUUUUUACUCGAUGGAAAAUGUCAAGUGGUUGAGCACUUAUUGGUUUAUCAAGAAAAACAUCAUGGUUAUAUAAAAUAUAAAUUAUUUGAUCCAGAAGAAUACAAAGAGUCUAAAAAAUUAUCUCAUGAAAAUAUUCAUAUUGAUGACAAUAAUGAAAAAAACAAUCAACCAACUACAUCGGAAAAUAAAAAAAUAAAUAAUAAAGAUGAAGAUGAGGAAGAUGAUGAUGAAAAAGAAGAUCACAAUUAUAAAAAAGUUCUGAGGGAUUUUAAAGGUACACCAGAUCAAGUAAAUACUUUGACAUUGGUGUUACAAGAUAUUAUAAAUCAAUGGCACCUGUUUACUGGAAUUGCUGAGGCAUUAUUGUACAAGCCAAAAAGAAGAGUCCACUAUGAAUAUCCAGAUUAUGUUAAUCCAGUAUUUAUGCAAAUUUGUCAAUUAACAAAGGGUGCUUGUUUUGGCAUAGGUGAACCAAUGGAUAAUCGCCGUGUUAUAUCAUUAACACCAGUACGUUGUUUAUUAAUACCAAAAAAUUGGCUAUUUAAAUAUAAUCGUAGUAAUAUUUGGAAACGUAUAGAAUUAUUUCUCAAUUCGAAAUAUCCAACUCGAGAUGAACUUUUUAAAAAAUUCAAGAUGAAUAAAAGGUGGAUUAUAUAUAAAAAAAAAUUGAUAAAUGAUAUUUUAAAAAAUGGUAGAAAAAUUAAAAAUAAUACAACAAUUGAUGACGUACCUUAUUCCAUAAGAGUUAAAGAAGUUUAAUUUUUUCUUGUCGAAAUGCAAUGUUGUUUCUUUGGUAGAUAUGAUGGAAAUGAUGGAGGGAAAAAACGUGGAAUAAAUUUUCCUAUGGAGGGGAGAAAAAAGUAAAUAAAAAAUAAAAAAAAUAUGCGACAGUACAGCUGUGAAUUUUCUCGGCUGCUUAUUAUUUAUGUAAGGAUUUUUGAUAUAAAAUUUA